GUCAUUUUCAAGCGCUCUUUGUUGUGGUUCGGCGUUCAUCAUUCAGUAAUGUAAAGGUAAACGAAGUGAGCCGAAAGGAAAUAGUUCGUUCCUCCUGCGCCAACCUUACUUGGACUUUAAAAUAGUGCUUCUGGAGGUGCUCACGGUCCCCGUCUAGUUUCAACAGAUGGCAAAUGAGCGGCUCAGGGCUCUGGAGGAUGUGGAGAAGGAGAUAGCCAUGAUUCUUCAAUGUGCCGGUAAUAUUGUUCUGGAACUAUCCAAAGACAAACACAAUGCCAGCCUCCUGGACCGACAGCUGGUCCAGUUCCAGAGUUCUGUCAACCGUGUGGAGAACGAACUGAGCGGCCAGAUCAGAUACCUCACACAGGUGGCUACGGGUCAGCCUCAUGAAGGUUCCACUUACUCAGCCAGGAAGGACUGUCAGAUGGCCCUGAACAGAGCCGAGUAUGCCAAGGUCAAACUGGGAGAACUGGGGCGAACAUGUGAAGUCAUGCUGGAGCAGCCGCAGACCUGAGAGCCAACAGGACGCCUGUCAGCAGCAGCAGAGCCUAAACUCAGAGUUGUUUUGUUAUUUCAAAAAACUUUUUUACAUGUACAGAAAUUAAAACACGGACAAAAUGAGUUGAAUUUUGAAGAA